UGUAUGUUAGUGCUGGCUGGCCAAAGAUCUUGCCUGCAUGCAGCUUGCAGCCUCCUAAAGACUAAGGACUAAGGACUAAGGACUCCAAUUCAUUUGGAGCUGGAAAAAAACCGGCAAAAGCGGUCUGUGGCCCAAGAUAACGAGGUGGCUGGACACAACCGGCAACAUAACUGCAAACAAUUUCAAACAAAAACAUAAAUAAGCAACCAGCCAGCAAGCACAGUUUAUGCAAAAGGCAAACACACAGCCAGAUCCAGAGCCAGAAGAAACUGUGUACCCGUAGAUGUUCCUGCAUAUUGCAUAUUGAGAAAAUAUACAAGCAGCUGCAAAAAUAAACGAAACUAAAUUUAAUUUUCUACAUCCAGCACUGAAUUUACAUGCAACGAAAUGAGUUUAUUAGAGCUUGUUCUUCUAGCCAAGUCAAAAGCGCUUACUGCCACAGCAUUAGGGCUGCUGCCGCUGCUGCUGCUGCUCGUGUUCCUGCCACUGCCGCCAGUCCUGGCCACAAGCGGCUUACGCGUACCCACAUUCCUGCUGGAGCCCGCACCCCGACUGCUCUUCGGCAACGACACGGGGGCACAGGUUACCUGCACGGCGCACGGCAACCCACCGCCCGUUGUGUCCUGGGUGCUGCGCGACGGAACGCUGGCGACCCAGGUGCCGGGACUGAGGAAAAUAUCUGGCAACGGCACGCUGCACUUCCCACCGUUUUUGGCGCAAUAUUAUCGCACGGAUGUGCACGAGGCCACCUACCGCUGCAGGGCCAGCAACGAGGCGGGCACCAUCCUCAGUCGGAACGUUCAGGUGCAGGCAGUGGUGCGUCGUCAAUUUCAUGUGCACGUGGAAAACACUGAAGUCUAUUUGGGAAAUUCGGCGUUGAUUAAGUGCGCCAUACCGGAAUAUGUGCGGCCCUAUGUGCGCGUGGCCAGCUGGCAUCGCGGCGAGGAGAUACUGCUCCCGGAUCUGUCGGAUGUCGCGGGUCGCUAUGUGGUCCUGGCCGCCUCCGGGGACCUGUACGUUCGCUCGGUGCGCUCCGAGGAUGGCCUGAUGAAGUUCAGCUGCCUGGUGACAAACACACUGAACGGGGAGCGGCAGCGCAGCGAUGCAGUGAUGCUGCAGGUUAAGGAGCUAAGCAAGAACCUGGCACCACGCACCACCCAGAAGCCCGUGAUGGAGAUUCACGUGGAGCGUGGAAAUGAUGUUCAUCUACCGUGCAACAUACAGGGCAAUCCAUUCCCCAUAUUUACCUGGUAUCGCGUUUCCGACUCGGCAGCUCUCUAUCCCAUACCCUCGUCACAGCGAGUGAUACUUUCACGAACAUUGCUGCUCAUCAAAAAUGCUGACGAACGCGAUGCGGGCAAGUGGAUAUGCCAGGCCUCGAAUCAGUUCGGGGAGCAGCGCAUCGAAAUACGCCUGAGUGUCAAUUCGUAUGUAUCUGUGCAUAUUUUGCCGCAAGUUCAAAUUGUCAAUUCGGGCGGAACGGCAAAUUUCAAUUGUACCACAACGGGUUCGGCGAUCGAUGCCAUCGACUGGCUGCACAAUGGCAAGCCGCUGCAGGCGAAUAAUGCACUAACCACCGGCAGGGAUAACAUACGGUUCCUGUCGAAGAGUUCGCUGCUGGUACAGAACGUGGGACGGCGCGACCGCGGUGUCUAUCAGUGCCUUGUCGAGAACCAACGCGCCAGUGCCCAGGCCAUGGCCGAGCUGAAGCUGGGCGACACUGUGCCGGAAUUGAUUUACACCUUCAUUGAGCAGAAUGUGCGUCCCGGGCCAUUAAUAUCGCUUAAGUGCUCCGCCAGCGGCUCACCACCGCCCCAAUUCUCCUGGCUGCUGGACUCGCAGCCCAUUAUAGACGUCUCGCUGCAUCAUCGCUUUGCCAUCGGGCAAUUUGUCGACAUGUCCGGUGACGUGAUAAGCCAUUUGAAUAUCUCACAUGUGCGACCCGACGAUGGCGGUCUGUACAGGUGCGUGGCCACCAACUCGAUGGGCAGUGUUCAACACUCGGCGAGGUUAAAUGUCUACGGACCACCGUAUGUGCGAGCCAUUGGACCGAUCAAAGCCGUUGCCGGCGAGGACAUAAUUGUGCACUGUCCGUUUGCUGGUUAUCCCAUCGAACAAAUUAGAUGGGAGAAAGCGCAUCAGGAAUUGACAACGAGCACACACUUUGAGCUGGCCACAGUGGCCGAGGGUGGGCAGCUGGUCAUCAAGAAUGUGGAGCCAGGACGGGACCAGGGCAUCUACACGUGCAUUGUGCGGAGUCGGGCCGGCGAGGAAGCGCGCCGUGACAUGCAAUUGAACGUGAACAGUCCGCCCGUCAUCGAGCCCUUUAAGUUCCCCAAGAACCUGCAGGAGGGCGGCCGCGCUCAAAUCACCUGUGCAGUCUCCUCGGGCGACAUGCCCAUCUACUUUAGCUGGAAGAAGGAUGACAGCUCCAUUCCUAGCAGCCUGCAGAUUACCGAGAAAAAGGAGGAGUUCUACUCGCUGCUGGUGCUCAAGGACAUCAGUGCAAAGCACAGCGGCAAGUACACCUGCUACGCGGGCAACGCGGCUGCCAAGGUGAACUACACGGCAGAGCUGCAAGUGCGGGUCGCACCUCGCUGGAGCUACGAGCCCAUGGACACGGCCAUUAUGCUGGGCAACACAAUAUCGAUAAAUUGUGAGGCGGAAGGAUAUCCGAUUCCAGCCAUUACCUGGUUCAAGGGUCAGGGCAAAGCCUCGAAGGACUUCAAGCCCCUGAGCAUGCGUAAUCACUCGCUGCUGCUGAAUCUGGCCACGGACAACGAUGAGGGUUACUACAUGUGCCGCGCCACAAACGAAAUCGGAGCCGGCCUCAAGAAGAUAAUACGCAUCAAUGUGAAUGAACCCGCUCGGUUCGAGCAGCCCGCUCGCAAUAUUAGUUCCCGCCGAAAUGAUCCCGUGACCCUGGACUGCCAUGCCAAGGGCGAUGAGCCCAUCACCAUUGGCUGGACCCACAACAAUGGACGCAUUGAUCUGAACAACUUUCGCUUCAGCAUUGCCGAGAUGAAGACGGACAAGGGUGUGGACUCACAGCUGACCAUCGGCCACUCCGAUCGCCAUGACUCGGGAGUCUAUCGUUGUGUGGCGGAAAAUCCCUACGGUCGCGCCGAGCAGAUCAUUUAUCUGGCCGUGCAGGAGAGACCCGACACGCCCUCCAAUCUGGAGGUCUUUGAAGUGGGCUCCCGCACAGUGAAGCUCAGCUGGCGUCGACCCUUCGAUGGGAACUCCCCAGUCCUCAGUUAUCUGGUGCAGUAUCAAGCUCUCAAGUAUCUGCAGUCGCAUGCGGCGCUGGGUGCGGCGGGGGGCGACUGGAACGGGCUGAACGUCAUCAACGUCAGUCUGCCAUCGACGAGUAUUAGUCGCAGCUAUGACAGUGACCUGCGCGAGAGCGCCAUUGUGGCGGGUUUGACGCCGGCGACGACGUUCCUCAUACGCAUGCAGGCCAUCAAUGAGAUUGAACGCAGUGCCUAUACCGAAGCCAUCGUGCUCAAGACCCAGGAAGAGGCGCCCACAGAAGCCCCAUCCAAUGUUCAGGUGCAGACAGGCGGUGAGAGCGAGCUAAUAGUCACUUGGCAGAUCCCGCCCCGAGAGUCCUGGAACGGUGAACUCAUUGGCUACACGGUGAACUGUACCGAGGAAAAGCAGAAUAUCAAUUACAUUAGCGUCGUGAAUAACUCCCUGAAGUCAGUGAUUGUCGGCGGUUGGGCCACCACCAAGGCCACGCUGCGGAGUUUGCGGAAGUACACCCGAUAUGCUGUCACCGUGCGGGCCCUGAACAGCUUCGGCUCGGGCCCUUGGAGUGCGGCUAUCUUCGGCACCACGGCCGAGGGAGUGCCCGAGGCAGCGCCACAGAAUGUCAAUUGCACGGCCCUGUCUUCGCAGAGUCUGAAGAUUUCGUGGCAGGAGCCGCCGCUGCAAUUCCAUGGCGGCAUUAUACAGGGAUAUAAAAUCUUAUAUCGCCCAAUUGUGCAUCAAAUUGACUUUCCUGCCAAGCUGGAGAUCAAACGCACCUCGAAUCUGGAAACCUAUCUGCAUACGCUGCACAAGGCCAGCAACUAUUCGCUGAGGGUUCUGGCUUACACGGCCACCGGCGAUGGCUUGGCCAGUCAGCCCUUGUACUGCCAGACGGACGACGAUGUGCCCGAUGCACCGGCGGCCAUUAAGGCGGCAGCGCUGACGGCAGAUUCGAUUUUGAUUUCAUGGCUAACGCCGAAGAAUCGCAAUGGCAUCAUCUCCCACUACACGGUGUAUGCUCGGGAAGCGGGCCGCAAGGGCCAGGCCAAGACCCACAUGGUGCGUGUGGACGAGAAUGGGUAUCCGGUGACAUUCGAGGCACGCAGCCUCGCCGAGAAUCAGAUGUACGAAUUCUGGGUAUCCGCAUCCACGUCCGUGGGCGAGGGCGAGCCCACAUCUGUGGUUGCCCAGGCCACCAAUACGCGAGCGCCAGCACGCAUCGCCUCGUUUGGUCAGGUGGUGCGCAAGGCCGUGGGUACGGGACUAGUGCUGGAGUGCCUGGCUGUGGGAAAUCCCACGCCGAGGGCACGCUGGCUGACCCGCGACCGCCCCGUCACCUUCAGUCCCUUCUAUGAGGUGACCAAUGAGGGCAACCUGAAGAUACACCGCGUUGAAGGCAGCCUGUCCGGAAAUUAUACAUGUACGGCGAACAAUCUCUUUGGCAGUGACGAAAUCCAAUAUCAGGUCAUUGCGAUGAAGCCGCCCGGCGCACCACAAAUCAUCGUGCAGUACGCUUCCGCCGACAGCAUACGUGUCAGCUGGGACGCGCCAGACGAUGGUGGUGCGCCAUUGCAGGGCUACAGCAUCUCCCACCAUACGGCCGGCGAGAGUUGGUUCAGCACCGAGCUGCUGCCGGAGAACAACGCCUACACGAUUACGAGCCUGAAGUGCGGAAAUCAGUACAUUAUAAAAAUGUCUGCACAUAAUAUGGUCGGCUCUGGUGUGUCCAGUGAGGAAAUUAAUGUCUGGACCAAAGGCAAGGCCUCACAGGCGCCAAAUGGCAACGAACUAAUUGCCACCAAUGCGACGUGCGUGAAUCUGAAGCUGUCAUCGUGGCACAACGGGGGCUGUGGCAUUCAUCACUUUUCCAUAGAGCAUCGGCCGUUGGGCGACAUACGCUGGACAGUUGUCACAUCGGAUAUUUCGAAUGCCGAGGAAAAUCGUGAAAAUUUAAUCUUCUGCGACUUUCUGCCAGCCAAGUGGUAUCAGCUGCGCAUCUCCGCCACCAACGAUGCGGGCAAAACUACGGAGCAUUAUCAUUUCAGCACAACGAGCAUUGACGGCAUCACCAUACCGCCACCCUCGGUUUUCCCAUCGGAAAACGAUUUGAUGAACAAUCUGAUAAAUGCAACAAAUCCCACCAGCGGUGAUUGGUUUUCGACGCUAAUUGUCAUCGUCAUCAUCACGGUCUCCAUCAUAACGAUAGCUUUGACUAUCAAGCACCGACGCACUCUGUGCGGACCCAUGGCCGAGGGCUACGAGAGUCGUGCCCUGCCAGGCGAGUACAAGGAGGAGCACGAGAACCGGCGCAACCAGCAGGUGUACAGCGCUUCGCCGGUGAAGACUGUGGACAAGGGCAACGAGUCGGAAAUGUACGAGAUUUCGCCGUAUGCCACGUUCAGCGUGAAUGGAGGCCGCACCGGGGCUCCGGCCAAGACUCCCACACGUGCCGUGGCGGCACAGACUCCACUCGACUACACCAUGCAAUUCAAGACGUUCGGCCACCCGGAGGGUGAGAAUCUGAAUGCCACCGCGUAUCCGCUGCUGCCCACCUCCGGCUUUGGGCACGUGAAGAGCAAGUCCAGCUGGCACAAGCAGCGCUACUACAACACAGAUGAAGAGUCCACGCUGAGCAAGUCCAUGACCAUUGUGGCUGGCUCGCAGGCCGGCCACUCGAAGAAGUCGAGCGCGGGGCGCAGCGCCAAGAAUGCCGGCAGCUCGGUGGGAGUGGUGGCCGAGUCAGAGUCGGACACGAGUAUUAGUCCCAGCACCGAGUUUUCGAACAUGCCCACCUAUCGAGUUCCUUGCAAGUCCUCGCGCAGCAGUGACGGCCGCGCCGUCGUAGAUAUGUUCCGGCCCGACUCCAGCACCGAGUCCAACAACGACCAGGGCUCGCCGGCGCCCGAGCGGCGCCACAAUACGCCGCGCCAUGUCCUUGGCCUGGGUGUGGGCGUGGGAGUGGCCGGCGAGAAGAGGAGCGCCGGCCAGCGCAGCCGCAAGCACGCGGCACAGCCCAGCAACCAAACGUUGGAGCGACGAAAGUGCCCUGGUAGUAGCAACAGUUUAGACAGUGAGGUCGAUGCGGAGACGGCUGCCUCGCUGGCCGCCUCUAUAGCAGCCAUGGCUGGGGCCGGAGUGGAUCGGUCGGGAGGGUUUCGUCCGCCCGCUGGCUUCCACGAUGGCCGCGAGUUCCCCAGCCAGGACCAGAGCGAGUGCGAACGAGAGCAGCGCGCCCUGGACCUGGAGGUGCAGCGCGUCAUGGAGAGCACCGGGGACGCGCAACUGGCCAAGAUGGACCGCGAGGAGUUGACCUCACUGCUGGCAAGCGUCUACCUACCCCGCACUUGAAACGCAAAUAACUAACCAGCCCUGCGCCCCCUAGGUAUCACGAGAAGAAGGAGCAGGAGCGACAAGAAUACACGAUACACGUAUAAUAAGUACACCGCUAAAUGGUGGCGUUAACUAAAACGAACACCCAGCAGACACGAACACGCACGAGUACACACAUAAAGAGAUACAAAUUGUGGCAUUUAAAUGCAUUUAGCCAAGUCUUAAGUGUUGUUCAUUAAGUGUAUAAUAGGCAUUAAGCAGGCACCCAAAGUUCUCGCACACUCGAGCAAAUUAAAGACUAUAUCUAGGCUAUAGCUGAUCUACGAGUAUAACUAACUAUAACUGAUUAACUGACUACUGAUUACCGAUUAUCAUUCACUAAAGAUUCACCACUGAUGUUAUAUUUAAAUCAAUAUCGAUAUUGAUAUUGAUAUUGAUAUUGAGUGGGGGCGAGUGCCGGUGCAUUUGCUAGCUAGAAAUAUACCCACAUUUAUACAUACUAGAUACCAAUCCAUCUACAUACAUACAUAUACACAAGUACACGUGUUUACACCUAUAUUCAUACAUAAAUACAUACAUAUAUGUGUAAUUCAAUUUGUUGUGAUAAAUUAAAUUGUUCUGAAUUACCAGCUGAUGUAAAAAACAUGUCGGGUUAAUGAACAGCGGAUAACUGGAUUGACACUCUCCCGCUCUCAAGAGCAAAGAGCACUCCUCAAAUAGUGUUUUGCAGACACAAAAAUAAAUAUAUUUCUUUUUUUCGAUGUCAUUUGGUUUGCCGGAAAGGGCUUUCCAUUCAUUUCAACUGAUUGAUGAAACUGACGCAAAUCUGUUACUGCAUUUAUUGGGCAAAAAUUAUUGUAAUAUUUAUGGAAUUUAAUUAAAAAGUAGAUAAUCAACAAUAAAAUUGUAUUGCUACCAUAGGUAAACAUUUAUGUGUAUACA